AUGUGUUGUGUAUGUGUACAGAGUGUUUAUCAUUUGUACAUAACCUUAAGGAAUACAAACUAACAAAUCAACAAUUGAACAGAAAAAAAGUUUCAAUUUGAUUAUCAAUCAACAAUCAACUAUUUAGUUAAUUUAUUUAUCUAAAGUCAACAACAAUUAACACCACCACAAACAAUUAAUUAAAUCAACUUUGAUUUUUUAAUAAGUUUUCAAUAUCAAAUUGCAAUGAGAAACAACAACAACAACAACAACACCAAUUAAAUUGAUUGUGUGAUCAUUAUUAUCAAAAUAAGUUAAAUGUGUUAAAUUAUUAUCUGUUCAUCUGUUUAAUUGUUUAAUUAUCUGUCUUAAUCCAGAUUAAAUUGUUUGCUGUUUUUGUAACCCUAAUUUGCCAUAAGUGUGAUCAUCAUCAUCACCUCAAACAAUUAAGUUAAUCAUGAUGGAGGAUAGACCCGAGGAUAGUUUAAGUUCAAACCGAUCAAGUCCCUCAUCAAUAACUGAAUCAACUAAUCAUCUUAAUGAUAACCAUCAGCCACUUCACCAUCACCUUAAUCACCACAACAAUCAUGUUAAUCACCUUAAUCAUCAUCAUCAUAAUAAUAACAUUAAUUCAACAACCAAUGGGAAAAACAAUAAUAAAUUAUCAUUUAGCAUAAGCAAUUUAUUAACUAUUUCUAAAUCAAAGGAAAAUUUAUCAACAACAAUUAGCAAAAGUUUAUCAACAAAUCAUAUGGAUCAAUGUGAUGAUGAUGAAGAUGAUAAAAUGUCACCACCGCCACCGGUAACACCAACAACAACCUCACCACCACCAUCACCGAUAACAACCUCACCCUCACCAGGAUCACCAGUGUCAAUGAAAUUAACAGCCAACAAUUUAAUAAACAACAACAACAAUAACAACAACAAUUUAGAUGAUUUACCAAGAUUAACCAAUGGUAAUAUUAAAUCACGUAACAGUAAUUCAAGUCCCAUUUCAAUUGGAUCACCAACAACAAUUAAAACUGAAUUAAAUUCAACUGGUGAAAGUGUUAAUUUAAUUAAUCACCAUCAUCCCCACCAACAUCACCUUCAUCACCACCUCAAUCAUUUAAAUCAUCACAAUUUACCUCAACAACAACAACAACAACAACAGUCGAGAUCAAGAUCAAGAUCAUCAACACCUCCACCAAUAUCAUCAUCAACAACAACACCAACAACAGGCUCAACCUCAUCUUCAUCAACAACUAAUUUUUCAAUAGCUAAUUCAACCUCAUCAACCUCCACCUCAACCUCAUCCUCAUCAGCAACAACUGCCCUCUCCCUAAGAUCAUCAUCAUCAUCAUUUGGAGGUGAUGGUCAUCCAAUCCACCCUAACAUGAUAAAGCAACAACACCAACAACACCAACAACACCAACAACAAUCAGGACCAACAACACCAACACCAACACCACCCGGAAGUUUAGGAGAUGCUAAAUCAAACCAACAGCAUUUUGAUAAACUACAUUUAGCUCAUUUGUAUCAACAUUACAUAACCGAUUUUGAUUCAAUGUUACGCUUAGGUGUUCAUCCUCAUCAUCCCCACCAUCAUCCACACCAUCCACUUUAUCAUCAUCCUCUAGCCAAUGGUCCAAGUCAAGUACCACCACAUUUAACCGGACGACCUUUUCAACCAGGUCAUCCUUUCCUACCAAUAGCAAAUCCAUUUUUCACUCCAUACUUCCGGAAACCGAAGCGGGUUCGAACUGCUUUUAGUCCGUCACAAUUAAUGGAACUGGAAAGAGCCUUCGAUAAAAAUAAUUACGUUAUUGGUAAUGAGAGGAAAGAACUUGCCAAAAAAUUAAAUCUCGGUGAAACUCAGGUAAAAGUUUGGUUCCAAAAUCGUAGGACAAAACAGAAGAGACAAAAACAGGAAGAAGAUGAUGGAACUUAUCAAGUUUCCGGUUCCGGUAAACGAGGAGAGCCCGAUGAGAGUGAGUGUAUGUCCGAAGGUGAUGAAGACGAUGACACUGAGAUCGAAAUGUCCAAUGGAUAUGGAUCAUCAUCACCACCCACCAAACUAUCAUCAUCCAAUCAUCACCAUGAUCAUCAUCAACUUCCUCUAUCAUCUCAUCAUCAUCAUCAUCAUCACCGUUGAUGGAAAAUAAAAUCGAAAGGAAUCAAUAAGAACAAUCGAUUUUAGAACAAAAUAAAAAUUCGAGAUCUCAUCAUCCUAAUUAUCUUCCAUUGCCAUCAUCAUCCUCAUCAUCGAAGGCAAGAUGAACUUAAAACAAUUAAUAAUUUAAUUAAUUCUGAUUACAAAGUAAUCUAAUUGUGUUUUAAUUACUUUCAAUUACUGUGAAAAGAAAACAAUUUUGUAGUUUCAACAAAUUGUGAUGAAGAUGAUUAAAACCUCGACUACAAUUAACUGGCUUAAAAUCAAUGGUUAAUCAUCAACAUCAUCAAAAUCUUCAUCAUCAUCAUCAUCAACUUAAUCAUCAACUUAACAAUUAACUUUAAUGCCAUUAAAUUAAUACAAUAAUUUAUAUAUAAAUCAUAUAUACAUAUUAUAAAUAUACUUAAAUAGUUGUGAGUGUGAUGUUUAAUUAUCAACAAUUAAUAACAAUUAAAAAGAAAAAUUAAUUGAAAGAAAAACAAAGUUUUCUAAAUCAACAAUGGCGAUCAUUUAAAAUCUAAUCAAUCAAUUAAAUCGGUAAACAAAAGUUUUCUCAAGUUGGAAUAUAAUUUAUUCAAUUGUCGAUAUUGAGUUAGAACUUUUUUCUUUUUCUUUUCUCUCCAAUUUUCUCUGACUCUCUCUCUCUCUUGAAUAAUUUUACUCACUGGCUCACUGCAUAGCCUAAGGCAAGAUUAUCAUCAUCAUCAUCACAAUCAUCUUCAAACUUAUCUUCAUCAUCUUCUAGUAAGAAGAUGAUUAAGAAAGAGGAACUUGAUUUAUUAACAAUAGGAUCUUUUUCAUGUUGAUUUUUCAGAGAGAUCAGAGUUUCCAAUUAGUUUGGGAAGGUCUUCAUCCUCAUCAUCAUCCUUA